AGCGUGUUUUCCGCUCAGCUCCCUAUCUUCUGUCGGAAUAUGAAACAAGGUCUUCCCCUCUUCUUAUAUUGGUGACCGGAUUCAUCUGCUCAAAUUACCAACUUCCCCUCCCCUCGCCGAUUCGAAGCGGUUUUACAGAUACAUAUUAUCUUUUACCAUUCACUAUUUGCUACUAUGGCAGAUGAGGAACCUAUUGAUCAGAAGAAAUACCUUGAGGAAUCUUGCAAGCCAAAGUGCGUAAGGCCCUUACGUGCAUAUCAGGCAUGCAUUGAGAGAAUAAAAGGAGACGAGAUGGGGCAUAAGCAUUGCACAGGGCAAUACUUUGAUUAUUGGUCGUGCAUUGACAAUUGUGUUGCACCAAAGCUCUUGGGCAGACUGAAGUGAUCGAGGAAUUUGUGGUUCAGUUAAUUGUUUUCCUUAAGCUAGUUUUGAUCUUUAAUUUGCUCCUUGGUUGAACUGAACUACAUCUGGUUGGUGCUCUUCCCAAUGCAUUUUUGUUCAGUGAAGAUGAAUUUCUAAUGCCUUAUCAAGAAACAACUGCACCAAACAAAAGAGAACAGCUUAUAUUCAAACAAUCACAUUCGUUGUGUUCUUCUAUUGGUGCCUUGAAGAGUAGUUACAAUAAAAAUCAUUUUACGUUGAAGCUGCAUAUCUGUAAUGAUCACUUGUUUUCAAGUAAUACUGCAUGGAAUUAGACAGAGGCUUGGUUAUGCUAUGUAGCAUCCAUAGUGGUGCUGUCUGUAACUGGUUACUGGUUCAUGAUUCUCUUGCAAGGUUGAAGUCAACUCUUCCUUUGUCCUGUAUUUCAUGAUUCUCUUGAAAAGGUGAAGUCAACUCUUCCAUUGUCCUGUA